CAAACGAAAAAAAAACACAGAUUCUGGUGUGUGUGGUUUUGGACAGUUUUGGUUCUAAAUGUAUAUUGCUUAAUUUCAUUUUAGUUUGUCCCAAUCAAAAGCACAUAAUAUUUGUGUAAUCUUGAAAUAUGGCCGAAACAAUGAAACAAACAGUAGCAAGUAUACUGAAAAGUAUUGAGAGAUACAAUCCGGCUAAUCUUCAGACCUUGGAACGCUACGUGGAAAUGCAAUCUCGUGAAAAUACUUACGAUUUGGAGGCAAACUUGGCAGUGCUCAAACUGUAUCAAUUUAAUCCAGAGAAGUUUAACCCAGAUAUAACUUGCCAAAUUCUUUUGAAAGCUUUGACCAAUUUCCCACACACUGAUUUCACUCUUUGCAAGUGUUUACUUCUUGAAUCGGUGGUAGAGAAUGAAACCAUUUCUCAGAUAAAAUAUUUGGCUGAUAUUUUGGAGCAGUGUGACUUUGCGCAGUUUUGGAAUAGAGUUCAUCAAAUGCCUGAAUUGUGUAGCCGUAUCAAUGGAUUUCAUGAUUCUAUACGUAAAUUUGUUUGUCAUGUUGUUGGAAUUACUUUCCAGACCAUUGACAAGGAUAAUUUGGCUAAUCUCUUGGGAGGAAUUGAUGAUGUAACUCUCAAGCAUUGGGUGAAAAAAUAUGGUUGGAGGGAUGAUGGAAAUCUUAUUUUCAUUGCCAAUCAAGAUGAUAACAUCAAAACCAAGAACAUUACUGAAAAAAUAGAUUUUGAACAUUUAGCCCCACUUAUGGCUAUAUUGUAAAUUGAUAUUCAGCAUUUUAUAUCAA